UAACAGAUUGAAUCACAUUUAUAAAUCAAAUAAAUAUACCAUUAUACCAUUUUGCAAUCAAAUAGAUUUUGAAUCUAUUCAUGUUUGUUUUAAAAUUUGAAACUUCAAUGGCAUUGUGUACCUAACUUUUUGUUAAGGAAAUAUGUAAAGAUUGUCUACCAAUAUGGAGUAUGCUUUGUAAUGAAAUCUGGCGAUACUAUAAAAAUUGGGAAUUCCAGCAUUUAUUUUUAGUAACGGACGUACACAUUUUUUUGAACGAUAUCCACCUGAUGAUGCAGACAAUGUCGGUUCUUGUCAGGAUUGUUUUGGCGAUAACGAUCAUUCAGAAUGCCGAUUGUAAGGGUCCAUACCUACAAAAUUGUGAACCUGAGAUACAGUGUCCAGAGGGCUACGCAUGUCUUCGGCCAGGUUAUGGUAGAGCGAGUGCAAAAGCACAGAUGAAAUGUUAUCCAUGUUGCUGUCAAAACACAGCACAAUGUUAUAUGAAAAGCAAAUUAGAUGGUAUAAAGUGCGACUGUGGAGACUCGGGUUUUACAGGUGCUUGUUGCGAAACAAAUGUAAAUGACUGUUACAACGAUUCCUGUCUUAAUGACGGUACUUGUAUUGACGGAGUCAACAAUUAUACCUGUAUAUGCCCAGAAGGAUUCUCUGGAAGGAAUUGUGAAACAGCCUUAUUACCAGCAACAUGCACAGCAAACAAUACCUGUUUUAAGAGUGCUGCAGAGUGUGGACAACCUGGAGCUGGCUGUUAUAUAACGGAUGGACAUGAAACUAUUGCGAAUACAAGGUCAAAUGAUUAUAUGGAGAUCAUCUCUCCUGUCGUUACAGCUAUCGUGUGCCGAAAUGCUUGCAUUUCGUAUCAACGCACAUGUGUUGCAUAUUCUUUUAACCCAGUUACAUCACAGUGCUUUCUACAUGACUUAACACCUGCAGAAGGGUUAGUUACAGAAACUACGAGCACUCUCACUGUUGCCCUAUUCGUGCUGAGAUGUCGAAGCUGUUAAAGCAGUUGAAAAUGAACUACGUACUUGCAAUACUUUUAUCUAAUGAAGCAUGCUUUGAGCCAAUGUUCAAUUUGCAAAAAAAUGUAUUGAGAGUAUGUAGACACACUCGUAUGCCAUGAUUAAGAAUUAAUGAAUAAAAAAUUUAAAAAAUAAACUUAUCCAAAAGCACCUAAGAAAGUAUUCGUUCUGAGUUACUGAUUCUAGUUGUCUUGUUCAAUAUUCAAACAUCAGCACAUCAGUACAUUGCAAAAUACAGCCGAGUCAUAGACUAAUAAAAUAUGAACUCGUAUCAUUUUAUAAGUCUCUUUUGAAUGUUUUGUCAUGAACAUAGUGCAACCAGUAACACAAUGCCUACAUGAAACUAAGAAAAUCUUGACUGAAUUUGAGAGUGAUUUACCUGAAUAAUUAUUCUUUGUGUAAUACCAGUAUACAUUAUGCUGGUUACUUUGCGAUCAUUGUGCAUUUUAUAUACAUGUAGACUUCACCAGACAUGAUCAUUAUCCAUGGUCCUCUUAACUUGGCAAUGAACCAUACAUUGGUCUGAUAAAUAUUUGCCAGCCAGCCUGCAUGCCGCAUAAAAAAUGUGUUUGCGAUUCAUCUUCUUAAUACGCUACAACCUUAUCCCAAGUAUAUCUUCCUUGUCUGUUUUUAUAUCGUUAGUUAAAUCCACUUUUGAAAUAUUAAAAUUGGGUGUUAUGAAACAUGCUAGCAAAGUCUGAAUGAUUAAUUCCAUUUUUAAAAUACUUUAUUUGCUGUAGACAGUUCGCAUAAUAUUGUUGCGGUUAUUUCCCUUCUAGCGAACAACAACUUGAUUUUUGAGAAAAGAAAAAUAAAAUACUCUGUAAAUUGAUAGCAGCCGUGUAUAUCACUUUUGUAUAAUUUUAUAAACAUCACGAUUAUCCAAAGAAAAACGACGUUACAAACGUGCAGUAUUAUAAAUGAUAUUACAUUUUAUAUGUAAAAUAUGUGUACUAGUUCGUAAAUCUCAAAUCAAUAAUAUUAAAUAACACAUGUUACAACAUAAUUUCAUUGAUUUAAGAAAAGUGUGCAAUACUGAACUAAGUACGUACUUUAUAAAAAUGCAUUUACAGAUAUUAUAAAACAGAAUGACAAAAGUUGUCGAUGGUGAAAUGUAACCAACUGUACUAUCAUACAUUUAAUGUACAAAAGUGAGACUUAAAUAAACAAAUUGACUUGACUUGACUAUAAUAGACAUUUUUUACUUACUAAUAAACACUGUUACAUAAAAAAAUAAUUUUAUUCUGAAAUCAUUUACAGCCCAAUAUUGAUACGGAAAGUUUUCUUGCUCAACAGUAAGUUCAACACUUUAAUUGCUUUUAUGUACAGAACCAGAUUUUACCGGUACUU